AUGAGCAACACACCCACCAAGGAGAAGCCUGUCCGGGCAGAAUCCCCAGCCAGCGGGCCUACGCAACCACCCCGAUCGGUACAGCCGGUAUCCGACCCCUCAGUGCCUAAGCGUCUGUGCUUCUACAAAAGUGGCGAUCAUACGUUCGGCGGGCACCGAGUGGUCAUCAACGCCCGCACCUUCAAGACCUUUGACGCCCUCCUGGACGCCCUUUCCAAAAAAGUGCCUCUGCCGUUUGGCGUCCGGACCAUCACCACACCCCAAGGGACCCACUUGGUGAAGGGACUGGAUGAUUUACAGGAUGGGGGGUCCUACCUGUGUUCUGACCAGAGACGGGUCAAGCCGCUCAAUUUGGAUAAGGUACAUCGGCGGCAGGUACCCUGGAACAGGCCCAGAGCCUUCAGCGCGAGCCGGCGGAGACGUCAGGGACUCCAGUUCACCGCAUUCGGAAGGCAAGACCACAACAGCAACAGGCAGGUGAAGGUUCCAGAGCGAGUGGCCAUCAGGACGCCGAGGAGGCUGGUGGUAAUCAAGAACAAGGAUCCUGUCGUGAGACGCACGAUUGUGCUUCAGAAAAGGACAGCGCCCACCUUUGACGCUUUGUUGGACUACCUCUCACAGAUUCUGGAGUUUCCAGUGCUCAAACUCUACUCUAUCGACGGCAGAAGAAUAGGAGGUCUUGCUGCUCUAAUCUUGUGCUCUGGAUUCCUGGUGGCAGCAGGCAAUGAGUCCUUUCGGCUCAUCAAUCACAGUUUCCACAGGACAAGCCAGACAGUCCAGGCAAUGUUGACGGAAACAGGGCAACCAUCCAUGCUGCAGCUUCACGCUAACAACCGGAAAUCAGUCUCGAGUGGAAGAGGCUCCAGGAAUUUUUCUUUGUCAUCUGAGCAGUACAUCAUCAACCAGAUAAACAAGUCUCGAAAGGAGAGUGGGAACAGUCAUGCCAGAGCAACCGAAACCAACUCGAUGUGCUUGGAGCCUGCAACGACGGCUCACCAGCGCAAUGCCUGCAUCUUACCUCACGACGACGACAUUGAGAAAUCCUUGCGGGUGAACCAAGAUGGCAGCAUGACCAUUGAGAUGAAAGUGCGCCUCACCAUUAAAGAGGAGGAGAUACUCCACUGGACCACCACAGUCAGCCGUUCCAGCCUUAGGAGGAAGACAGUCCGUACUUCUGUCGCAGAGUCGGGCAACAUCUCUCCGGAGUCGAACAUCUAUGUUGCCAAAGGCCCCUCAGACAUGCACAAAGAUGAGGCAAAAGAGGGGAACCAGCCUCCCGUAAAUGGAGCUGUGGUCAGGUUUAACAACAUGGGGGAAAGAAAAAAAAGGUUCAGACGUGCCCCUACUCCAGGCCCUUGUCAUGUGAAGAAGGAGCAGUCUUUUGAGAGUGUGAAGAUGCUGACAGAGUCCGAGGUCCAAGAAAGCUCCCUGGAACAUUAUUCAUAUUUAGAGAGGACAACUGAAGGAGACACAAUGGAGGGAUACUGCAGGGUCAGACACAGUAGCAGUAGCCAACCAGCCCCAAAACCUCUGAAAACUGUUACACAAGGUAACAACACCUCCCUUCUUAAGUCAUCGGGAGUAGCCGAGGUUCUCAAGAUUGAAAAUGAUGGGACGGCGGUUCGAGAGACUGUGAUGCGUAUUUACGAAAGUCAGGGCAGCUACGACAAUUACUUCGCAAACGAGGGUGCAGGUGACGCACCAUUGUAUAAUUCCCAUCCAGUGUCACAAAGCCACCAGUCCACAACCUCAGAGCCUUGUUCAUCCAGCAAUGACAUUGAUUUUAGCUGGCCACAGCCUACUGCUGAUUCACUCCAAAGACAGAAAGAGGAAAUUUUGUCAUUGUCAUCAGAGUCUGUGUCCCCAACCCUCCAGGUGGCAAACACCACAUCUUCAGUAUCUAAUAAUGAAGCAAAAACUGAAAAAAACUCCUCACCUCAACUCCAGAAACAGACAGAGGCAAAAAAAAGCUCACAAUCAAGAUCAGUAAAUAAAAAGCAGAAACGAUCGACGAUGGGGAAGCUCAAUAGCAAGGGUUAUGCUGGAAAAAAGAGCCUAAGUUCAACGGAGAGUCCUAAAAGUGAACAAAACCUGAAGCUAGUUGAGAAAAUGCACGCCAAAAUGUCAGGCAGACGUGGAAGGGAAUCAGAAACAUUAGCUAGAACUUCAACCAAGGAAAAAAACAUGAAUAAAGUCGCUUCUAAGUACAAUGUUGACAAUGUAGAUACGCCAUCUGUUAGGCCUUCCAUGAAAAAGAACGUGUCAGAUCUUUUAAAGCUCAAAAAAUCUUCAAGAAAAAAGGCAAGUAUCAAGCCCAUUCCAAUGGCCGCCAACAGGCUGUCAUCCUCAUUGUUGGCUCAAAAAAAUGUUUCAAAGAUUUCUUUCAACCGAUCCCCCUCUGAAAUCCACCAGUAUGUUGAGAGCUGGCUGGAGGAGGUCAUUCCAGACCCAAUGGUCUAUAUGGUAACCGCAGACGGUCCAGAGCCGCCAACAAAGGUUUUAUUUAAAAUCGGUUGUGAUUCAGAAACUGAGGAAAAGAAAGAAACCCACACAGAUCCAGAAGAUUACUGUCAGACUCCCUCUGAUGCUUUGAGGGAAUCAGCUUCUUGUCUCUCAUUGCCCCCCUGGACAAAAGAACAGAAACCAACAGAUAUUUCAGUGCCAAAUCUUCAACCUGCUCAUCAUCAGAACCUUGAAUGGUCAAAGAAUUCUGCUGAGAUCAUCAACGAAUCACCAUCUCAAAUUAAUAUUUUAAGCCCUAAAGAGAAGAUGAAACUGGUCUUACAAGAGCUUUAUUCAUCAAUUCAGUCUAUGCGAAAGACGUCUAACCAAUCAAGCAGUCCUCUUGCUUUCUCAUCUCAGGUGGCUUCGGUGUUUGGCUCCUCGUGCAAAGCCUUCCUGUCGUUCUUGUCGGCGAUGACUCUCAGAGAUGGUCUUACAGGUCAAAGCACGGGUUCGGAAAAUGCCUCAGAGGCCAUGCUUCUUUUGAAGUUCCUGCAGAACAUUUCUGCUAUAGAAGACCAGGAUGAACAACGGUCCGGUCUUACUGUUCUGCACAGUGGAGCUUCUCCCCAGCUUAUGAAGAGCUGGAUGGAUUUCCAAAUUUGGAUGGAAAAGCUGGAGAGCGAAUCACUCAUUCCGAAAUUCCAAGAGGAAGUUUGGGUCCAGGGUUUAAUUGUUGAUGAGCUAAUGAAAGAGAUGAAUAUGCCGUUUGACCUCAGGAUGGAGAUUUCCUCAGCAUUUCAGCAACCUCUAGAAGACGAAUGCAAUGUUAUAGAGCCUGAACAAAACUCCUCAGAAUCAGCACAUGUGGAGCAGGCUGUGCAGGAUUCAGACUUAAAACAAGGAUGUGAUAAUGCAUGCAUUCAUGAAAAUACCAGUGAUAAGGAUGAUGGCUCAUCAUGGGGUAGGGAGGUGGAAGAAAAGCCUGCUAAGGAAAUGGAGUAUAAAAUUAAAGAAUCAGACGUAUUGAUGGUAGACACGCCGGACUUCCAAGUUGAUGAAGGAAACCUAAAGGGUCAAAAUAAUCACAUGGAGGAGUCAGGUGAGGGAAUGGAUAAAGGGAUGAUGAAACAGAAAGGAAAUGAGGACACGUUAGAGGAAGUAGUGAGGAAAGAAGUGCGGCAAGAAGAGGAACACGGUGAGGAAGGGACAGAAAACAAGAAAGGUGAAAAAAACAAUGAGGUCGAAGAGGAAGGGGAUGAAUCUAUUGAUGAACUUGAAGCAAGAGAGGAUGGUGCAGAGACAGAUAUGACUAAAAUUGAUGAGACAAUUGUGGUAGAAGAUGUGGACAACAGGGCAGAGAAAAUCAAUGAUGAGAAGGUUGAGAAUGAAGAUGGCAAGGAAGAAGGUGCAGGGGAGCCUGUUGAGGGAGAAGAAGUAAAUGGAGAAGAAGAGGAGGAGGAAUGUAUACAAGAUGAAAAGAAUGUCAAAGCUCAAAUUGGAGAAGACAUGGAAGAGGAAGGAACAGAGGUCUUAUGUCAUGGCUACAUUGAGGGUAAUAUAAUUCCACCUGAAGCAACUAAAGACAAGGAACAAGAAGGUGUGCUAGAACGGCCAGAGAAGCUGGAAAAGAAUGAGGAGAACACUCAAGAAACAAAUCAAGAUGAGGAAUCUGUAGACCAAGUGGCACUGCCUGGCAGGAGAAAAGACCCUACUAUAAUGGAGGGAAAAGUAGCAAGUGAUCUGGUCAAACAGGCAGAGAAGCCGGAGAAAAAUGGGGAGGACACACAAGAAACAUUCCCAGAGGAAAACUCUGUACACAAAGUGCCUAGUAGGAUAAUGGCUGAAGUGGAAAGUGUAGACAGUUCUGAAUGUUCCCAGGAAUCAAACCCAGAGGUAAAAGGUAUAACAAGUGCCUUCAAUGAGGGGAGUGAAAGCAUGGGAGAGGAAGGAGCAGACGUUUUAAGCAAGGACAACAACAACAAGGACAAUAUUGAUAUAGAUGUACCUGAACCCACUGCAAAUGUGCCAAGUCGGACACUAAGUGAAGCAGAGAGUGAAGUCAACUUGGGAUGUUCCCAAGAAACAAAUCCAGAAGUUGAAGAUACACUAAGUCCCAAGGAUGAGGGAGAUGAAGAUGUGGACAAGAAGAAGAAUAAAACUGUAGAGGAAAAAGACUUUCAAGAUGAAAUUGAUGUAAACAUGCAAGAGGAAGGACCAGAAGUCAACAAUAAGGAAGUUAAUGUAAAUAUACAUAAACCUUCUGCAGACCAAAAACAGGUACCUCAAGUCGAGCAAACAGAGAAGCUGGAGGAGGAUGAGGAGGAUAGUUGUGAAAUGGAAGACUCUGGAGAGGAAAUGGAGAACCCAAGCCAGACACCAACAGAAACAGAGAGUGAAAAUGACUUGGAAUGUUUCCAGGAACCAAAAACAGAGAUUGAACGCAUAGUGAGUGCCCCCAAUGAGGGAAUUGUCAACAAGAUGGAGGGUGAUAUGGAAGAUGAAGUACAUGAAAAUGAUGACAUUGAGGAAAACAUAGAAGAGGAAAAUACGGAGGUGAUCAGUGAGGACAAUGUCGGGAGCUUACAUGAUGAUAUAACUAUAACUGAACUGUCUAUAGAUGAGGGAGAAGAAGAUAUAACAGAACAGACGGAGAAGUUUGAUGAAGUUACCUGUCCUAAGGAAAAAUCUGGAGAGGAGUCGAAGAAGCCAAAUCAGACACCACCUAAAACAGAGAGUGAAAAUCAUGGUAUUGAUGACUUGAUUAAAACAAAUUCCCAAGAAGCAAAUCCAGAGAUGGAAGUACCCACAAAGGUCCCUGAUGAGACAGUUUGUACAAGCCCACAGAAGGAGUCUGGUGAGGAAGAUCUGUCAAACGCAGAACACACCAUUGAAUCCUCGCUUGAGUGUUUGUCCGAAGAGCAGUUUGAGAAGGACACAGUUCAUCACAAGCUAGCCAUGCACCGCCAACAGCAAAGCAGCAACUUCAGCCACCCAGUGGAAAUUUCACAAGAACUCCUAGACUUUGUAAACUCUGCGCUGCAGUCUUCUUCUCUUAUAUUUACAUACGACGAUCAUGGCAAAAUUAGGAUAGAGCCAGAUCAUGCUCAAAUCACAGAAAUGAACCGAACCCUCGACCCAAAAAGCAAAAAUGAUUUCCCGUAUGGUUCGAAAUGCCUCGAGAGUCCGAUAACCUCAGAUUUAUCAGACUACAGACCAGAAAGUUUGGAGACUGGUGGAUGUGAAAGCAAAGAAUCUAUGGACAUUUCAUCAGAGAGCAGCGAAGAGCCUUCAGAGGGACAUCCAAAAGGGUUCACUGAAGGAACUAAUCCUGAGCGGGCCACAUCCAAAAUAUCUACAAGUCAUUCCAAAGGUGGGAGUUUCUCUUCUGAUGACUCCCUGACAAAAGCUUCAAGGGAGAUCCUGUCUUCCUGCAAAAAGGUAGACAAUGACCCAUCCCCCGAGGCAGAGACGUACCCGGAACCCAGUGACGGGGUCUUGAUUGAUCAAGGUCGAUGGUUGCUCAAGGAAAACCAUCUGAUACGAAACUCGCCGCCAGAUGGUAUGUACAGGGAUUUGGACAGCAGCUGUGAUAGCACAGGGAACUCCAGUGAGGAAUGUCACCCAAUAAGCAAUCACACCCCCUUAGCAGUCAUAUCCUCAUCUGAACUGGAAGACAUGGCCAAGCCUCAACCCCCAAGCUGCUUUUACUUCACCAUGCCCCACGGAAGCGACUCCGACCCGUUUUCGGACGACGCUAGUGAUAGAAACCAGAGCAAAGACUCAAAUGGCGCGAAAGGGAGAGGCUUCAGGGUAUCGCCGGCGAUCGACACCUCCAAAACCCGGGACGGCAAAAACGGCAGCCUUUCUUCAUUCGCUUCGGUGGAAUUCAAAAUGGCAGACAGAAAAGUGCACCCUGAAGAAGGAGAGCCUUCGGGUGGGCCGGAAGCAAGAGGGAACUCUCGCGGCAGGCUGGAGUCGCAACACUCCUCAGAUGUUAUGAAUGUGAGGUGCGGACAGUACUGUCAAAUUUUAUGA